GCUCAUAUAAGACUAGCCAAAGAAAUAUAGAACCAGAACUUUUAAGAAUUAUUCUCACAAAUAAUUGUUUAGAUGAAAUUGUAUCACAUGCUGAAAAUGAUAAAAGACUAUCUGAUUCUCUAACAAUAAUAAAAGGAAGAAUAUCAGGUGGUAGCAUAGAUAUUUCAGAUGAAUUUGAAUCACAAGAUCUUCUUCAAUUUUAUAAUUUAAGAAAUAUUAUUGACCAGAGAGAAGCUUUUGGUUAUGAAUCAUUUCCUG